ACAUCCCAACAAUGCUUUGAUGGCAGCCUGGUAAGAAUAGCGCUCUGCACAGGUCCUGGCCUCGGCAGACGAGAGUGGGAAGCAGUAAGAAAACAGUGGAGGUGACUGUAUUUAGUGGCACGCUGUGACGGUCGACGCUGCACUUCUGAAGCCGUGUUGAAGGAGACGACAGCUCGGGACCUGCUAACUGAUUCUGAAGAAGCUUGAGAGUUUAGGGCUGUUUUUUUCUUUAUGGGAUCAGGAUAAACGCUGAACACAGAGGAAGAUGAGAGCGACAGAUCUACUCUUCAUCACUAUCAGUCACAAUGUCUCCUUUGUUGGUAAGUCUAAUCCCUGUAGUUAGUGAUAAUAGAAAUGCUGUGAAGUGAAAUAUGUAUUUUAUGUAAUUCAUUGGUAAGUAACUGUUGGUUUUAUAGUGAAUUUGAUCUCUUUAUCUCUUCAUAUUUCUUGUCUUCCUCGGGGAGUUUUAUGAGAAUCUUUUUGUUUAUAUUUGUUAUAGAUUUUAUUUGAAUUUCUUGUAAAUCUAAUUGUCUUGUUUGAUGUUCUGCUGUUUUUCUUUUCCUCCAUGCUAAUUUCUAUUCUUCACUGUGAUCUACAAUGAGCUGCUGCAACAGACCACUUGUCUCACUGGGAUCAUUUUAAAGGUUCACUCCAACAGUUUUACACAUUAUAGUGUGUUUACAGGUCUCGGGGAGUUCUGCUGUACAUGAGAACACAAUAGUAUGAAGCAUUUUGUGGCUACAGAGGAGGCUGCAUAUAAUCUGAUAAAAUGCCUCCAGUGAUUUUGCUCAGUUGCAUUGUGGGUAACGUAGGUACCAGGUUGAGAAAAAGGAAGAAGAAUAUGUUAAAUUCAAAAAGGCUGAUGUCUCUUCUUUUGGUUCUGCUGUAUCAGUUUUAUUCAACAGUGUGAAAGGAAUGCAAUGCAAGACCAGGUGCCUUCAUUACCCAUAAUGCAACUAAGUUGUGGCUCUAAAGUCUUUAUCGCCCAAGAACUGUAAACACACUUCAAUGUGUAGAAUAGGUGGAGUUGCCCUUUAAAUGUCACCCAGUCACUCUCCAGUCCAUCAUCUGUUUCCCUGUGCAGGUAAAACCUGGUGGAUGCUGAUGCUGGUCACACGCCUGCUGGUCCUCCUGCUGGCUGGAUUCUCGCUCUUCAGUGACGAGCAGGAACGGUUCGUCUGCAACACCAUCCAGCCCGGCUGCUCCAACGUGUGCUUCGACGUCUUCGCUCCCGUGUCUGUCUACCGUCUCUGGCUCUUCCACCUCAUUCUCCUCUGUCUUCCCCACGUGCUGUUCGCGACCUACGUCGCUCAUAAAGUUUUGUCGUGCCGCUAUUCCGGCGGCUUCUUCUACGACAGGAGCCGAGGCGCUUCACCUUUCAGCCUCGAGAACUCGAGCUCUUCGAGAGAACUGUCGCUGCACAAAGCUCCUCUUCACGACCUCCCACGUGAGUGUCGAGUACCGCGCUUUUAUUGCGCUUACUUCCUGGUUGUAAUUCUGCGAAUCCUCCUAGAGGUGGUUUUUGGUGCAGGACAGUUUUUUCUCUUUGGUCUGUCCAUGCCUAAGAGCUUCCUCUGUCACGAGGCUCUCUGCGCCUCUGGGGUCGUCUGCUACAUCUCCAGACCAACGGAGAAGACCUUAAUGCUCAACUUCAUGCUGGGCGUGGCGUCUUUGUCCAUUCUGCUGAGUCUGAUCGACCUGGUGAGCUCCAUGAAGACGAUGGUGAGAUGGAGGAGGAAAAGGGAGAUGUUUAUGGAGGAGAUGAGUAAAGGAGAACAAAGCAGCAUGUUCACAGCGACAACUAUGACUGAAGACAACGACGUUCUGUUAAUCAGAGACAACAGCCCGAGUGGAAGCUCAAAGAAUGGUCUGAAAGACGCUGCUGCUGUCGUCCCAAAUGGUGAACGACCUCAUGCACAGAUGGACGGUGAAAAUAAAACCGGAGAAUCCAUGAACGAGAGAAGGCCUGAAAGCAAAGAUGCUAAAACGGAGAUGUCUCUGUCGUCCACUCCCAUGAGCACUCCGGUACCAGGCCACUUUAUCCUCCACAGACCUCCACUGUCCCCUCGUCCUGACAGGGGACCGCCACAGAACCCCAGGGUCCCAGCACCUAUGGGGGUCAAGAAGCUGGGCCAGCACGCUGCAGCUGGGGCAAACUCAGGCCAUCAGUCUGACAGCAGUGAUUCUCAAGACAGGAGGGCGUGGGUGUAGCUGCCAGUGUGGCCUUUUCUUACUGUCAUCGGACAAAAACUACUGUGCAGCUUCCUUCAAAAGGGCUCAGAUACGUUGCUGUUACUUACAAUUAAGCAUGAAGUCACAAGAUUUGUCUUUAAAUGGUGAAUCUGCACUUAUUUAUCCUCUUUUACAAUCAAUCAAAUAACUACUGAAGCCUUGUCUGAAUCUGUUUUUUGUUUUCUUUCUGUGUAGUCUUUCUUGAUGCUCGUUGACUGAACGAUUAUCUUUGUCAUAGUUACUCAGUCAGAUACAUCUUAUCCAUUAAAAUGCAACUGAUUCUUAUUAUUUGACUUUUUUUUUUCUACAGUCUGCAGCAUGUUUGUUUAACACGCUGAGCUGUUUCUAUAUGAGCCUCUCACAUAAACCCAGGCUGACCUUGAUGAAGCAGUAGUUACGGCGCUCAGCUGUUGUCUGCAUGACACGAGUGCUGGCAGCCACAACAGACACACACUGACCUGACCUCUGACCUCUCACAUGACCGCUCCGCGA